AUGUCGCUCGUCAAAAUACCUUUCCUCGCAGCCAGUGUGGUUAGUACUUAUGUUGCCCUCACACCCCCUACUCCGAUGGUCCCUGCAAACCAGCGGCCCAAGAACGCGUCCCAAGCGGAACGGUUUUUCUCGGCUGUCGUCCGAGCUUACAAUUCCGUGCAAAAGACACUUGUCUGUUCGAGUGCCGUCCUUGAGGGAAUAGUGAUCCUAGCAAGGCAGUGGCCGUCGCAUCCGUUGUCGCAACAAGUACUGACUCUGCUCAUUCGUGGCCCCCACGCGCUGGCGGAUCGGAUCGUGCCAACCUCCAUGUUCUUUGUUGGCUGCGGCCUCGCUAUAAUCGGAGGACUGGUCCGCUACCAGUGCUACCGCACGCUUGGACGCAUGUUCACUUAUGAAGUGGCCAUUCACGACGACCACAAGCUCGUGACAAGCGGUCCGGAUGGGGAUUUGCUCCAUCACGGCCAGUGGGUCAUGGUUUAG